AUAUAUAUACAUAUUUAUUUAUAUAUACAUAUAUAUAUAUAUGAUGAACUGAAAUAGAUUUUAACGUAUGUUGUUUUCGGAGAAAGUAACGAAUCAUCGAAAUGGGUUCCAAAAUAGAGUACGUCGAGUCAUCACAUAUGUACGCUACGAAUUAUAUACGUAAUUCUAAAGCUAUUGGUGUAUUAUGGGGUAUCUUCACCAUAUGCUACGCCAUAAUAGGUGUUGUUGCAUUUGUAACACCGGAAUGGCUUGGUGAUUUAGAACACGAAAAUCCUGGAAGAUUUGGUCUUUGGACGAGAUGUAGUUAUGGAAAUGGUGAAUUAGGAGAGGAAUGCAUAGGAAGAUUAGACGAUCUUUCGACCAUAGCAAACGUCCCAUUUAAAGCUAGUACUAUAUUAGUUGGAAUUGCAGUUAUCGUAGCAUUGUUCUCGAUUUGUGCAAUGUUACUUUUCUUUUUUUGUCAAAGUACGACGGUAUUUUAUCUAUGUGGUUGGAUGCAAGUAAUUUCAGCAAUAUGUAUGGCAAUUGGUGUAUGCGUUUAUCCACUUGGUUGGGAUUCCCCGGCUAUUCGUGCCGUUUGUGGUGCAUCUUCGUCAAGAUAUAAUCCAGGAGCAUGUGCUGUUAGAUGGGCAAUACCAUUGGCUGCAAUAGCUGCACUCGAUGCAGUUACCUUGGCCGCUCUCGCUUUCAUUCUUGCCUCAAGACACGUUAGAUUACAACCGGAACCUUUUAACAAUGGAUCUUUGUACAAAGGAGAGGUAAAUCCGGGUUAUGUAAACGAGGCUCAAAGUGUUGCUGGUUCACGUAAAUCUUUGUCCUUGAGACCUGUCCUAUUAGUAGCACCACCCGAACAAGAUCGUUACAGUGAAUUAUCAAGAGCUAAAUCUCAUUCGCAUCAUAGUCUUUAUACUCCGGCACCAUCUCAUCCGGUUCAUACAGUUUCAACGAAUACUUUGAAUCAUUCUCAACAUAAUUUUCAACUUUAAACAUCUAUUUUCUUUUUCUCGUUUUUUUUUUUAUUUUUUUUUAGAUAACAAGAGUGUAUAUAUAUACAUACGU